GAUGUCCCUCGGCGACUUGUUGGUUCGCAUUUUCGGAUCCGAAGUUUGAUCGAAAAGUCCAGUUGUAACUCAUCGAUGACAUCCUAGCCUAGAUUCGUCAUCAGUAGAGCAUUCUGCACAGUAGGAGGUCCCGGAAACCCCAGUAUCAUCUGAGGAGAGCCAGAAAUGUCCAUAUCGGCCUUUAUAGAUGGUCUGCUUGACCCGGCGGAUUCCAACCCCUCCUCAUCCCAAGAAUGGGACGCCUUCCUGAAGGAGUAUGAGCGUGAUAGACGAAUCAGCGACGGCACUGAGCAAGAUGACCAAAAUAUCGAUCCUUCACUAUACGCUACGAGUCCUUAUCCGUCGCUCCUUGACCUCAUUCCGAAGCGCGGAGAAGCAUCUUCUUCGAGGCUUCCGGCAGAGCCCUCAUCCCCAUCGCCAGACACCGGCGGGCCAAUGUCCAGAUCAUCAUCAGGAGGCGUCUCAUCCUCUCUAGCUUCGCGUAUACAAGCCCGCCUCAACACAACCCAGACCUUGAACUCGUUGUUGGUUCUUCUUAGAUCCCCGCGAUCCAAUGACGAGAUACAGCUUGAGCUGGUCGAAAUCCUUGGCUUUGAAGGCGACGGUCUUCAGCUCGUGGAAGAGAUCUGUAAACCGGGAGCCAGGCAAGUGCUCCUCGAUCAAAUGAGUGAUACUCCCGGAGUCGCCUCGCGAGCAAAGAACAAAAAGCCGACAUCUAAUGGGAUCAACAGCUAUCUACCCUCCUCUCGACUCAACGUCACCGCCUCCAGGGGCAAAGACAAGCGAAAGAUCGACAUCAAGGAACUCAUCGGAACGGAGGAGGACAUCCAGAGACGCAUACAGGAACAGCUCAACGGUCCCAAUCCAAUGUUCUCUGCUGACGGCCCGCGAUUGAUCGAGCACGAAGUUCUGCCGCAUGUCUACUCUAGCGGCACGGCUUCGGCGUUCAUGUCGUACGGUCAAAAGCUCGCCCUGCCGGAAGGAACGAAGAGAGAGUAUUCAGAUAACUACGAGGAGGUCACUGUCCCCCCAAAUCGACCGAUCCCUCUCAAAUUCGGCGAGAAGCCAGUCCGCAUUGUAGAUCUCCCUCCGCUGGCACGGGGCUGCUUUCCGAAAUACGUCACCCUGAAUAGAAUGCAGAGCAUUGUCCAGCCGACCGCCAUGGACACGAAUGAAAAUAUGCUCAUCUGUGCGCCUACCGGUGCAGGAAAAACAGAUGUUGCCAUCAUGUCAAUUAUCAGAGUGCUUUCUCAGCACAUCAAAUCCGAAUCCUCGGCAACCUUUCAGCUCGAUCUCAACGCUUUCAAGAUCAUUUAUGUGGCGCCCAUGAAAGCCCUUGCCGCUGAGAUCACCCGAAAAUUUGGGAAGCGUCUCGCUUGGCUCAAUGUCAAAGUUCGAGAACUCACUGGAGAUAUGCAAUUGACCCGUCAAGAAAUCGAUGAUACCCAAAUCAUCGUCACCACACCGGAGAAAUGGGACGUUGUCACCCGGAAGCCGACUGGCGAAGGCGAAUUGGCAUCCAAAGUCAAACUGUUGAUUAUCGACGAAGUGCACCUGUUGAACGAAGAGCGAGGUGCGGUCAUCGAGACGAUCGUAGCAAGGACUUUGCGACAGGUCGAGUCAAGUCAAUCAUUGAUCCGAAUCGUGGGUCUCAGUGCCACGCUGCCGAAUUACAUCGAUGUCAGCGACUUCUUGAGGGUCAAUCGGUACCAAGGCCUUUUCUUCUUUGACGGCUCUUUCCGUCCAGUGCCACUCGAGCAACACUUCAUCGGAGUCCAAGGCAAGCCCCGCAGUCAGGCUCUGAUCCGGAAUAUGGACAAUUCAGUCUUUGAAAAGGUCUCUGAGCUUGUCAAAGAGGGCCACCAAGUCAUGGUCUUUGUCCAUGCCCGAAAGGAAACCGUCAAGACUGCUCAGCGUUUGCUUGAGAUGGCUAAAGAGGAAGCGAUGACUUCGUAUUUUGACCCAUCAGACCACCCAAAGUAUGAGUUCUACAAGCGAGACAUCGGUACCUCACGGAACAAAGAGAUGAAAGAGCUGUUUAGCGCUGGAUUUGGAAUUCAUCACGCGGGCAUGCUCCGCUCGGAUAGAAAUAUGAUGGAACGGAUGUUUGAGGACCAGGCGAUUAAGGUCUUAUGCUGUACAUCUACCCUCGCGUGGGGUGUCAAUCUUCCAGCCCAUGCUGUCGUGAUCAAGGGCACUCAAGUCUACGACAGUAGCCGAGGUGCAUUUGUCGAUCUCUCCGUCCUGGACGUGCUCCAAAUCUUUGGUCGAGCCGGUCGGCCGGGAUACGAGACCAGUGGUGUUGGUUAUAUCUGCACGACUCAGGACAAACUCGAGCAUUACCUCUACUCUGUCAUGGCACAGCAUCCGAUCGAAUCCAAAUUCAUCCCGGGAAUGGUGGACUCUCUGAAUGCCGAAAUCUCCCUGGGCACCAUCGCUAAUGUACAAGAAGCAAUCCAAUGGCUCGGUUAUACUUACUUAUUUGUCCGAAUGCGAAAAGAGCCUUUCGUAUAUGGAAUGCGCCAUAACGAGCUCGAAGAUGAUCCACAACUUGGCAACAAGCGGAAUGAACUCAUCGUACAGGCGGCACGGCAGCUUUCGGCCGCCCUGAUGAUCAGAUUCGACGAGUUAUCCAACUCAUUCGUCAUCUCGGAUUUGGGUCGAAUAGCUGCCAAGUAUUACCUGAAAUACCAGAGUCUGAAGAUCUUCAACACCAUGUUCCACGCCAAAAUGAAGAACGCGGAUUUCUUUGCCAUGCUGUCCCAAGCUACAGAGUUCGACCAGAUCCAAAUCCGAGAGAGUGAGAUUCCCGAGUUGACAGCGAUUCUUGAGAGCGAUCACUGUCCAAUGGAGGUCAAGGGCGGAGUCAGCAACAAGCACGGCAAAGUCAACAUUUUACUGCAAGCCCACAUCUCGAAAGUGUACAUCGAAGACUUCGCCUUGGUAUCUGACGCAGCAUACGUCGCCCAGAAUGCCGCUCGUAUUAUCCGAGCCCUGCUGGAGAUAGCUCUUAGCCGCAAAUGGGCCAACAACGCUAUUCUCCUGAUUGAUCUCAGCAAAGCUAUUGAGCAGCGCAUGUGGCCGUACGAGCAUCCUCUCAAUCAAAUCCGUACGCUCCACGCGGAGACCCUACACAACCUGCAUCAGUAUGCGGAUGAUACUGAAAUCAACCAGAUCCGCGACAUGGAGGCAUCCGAGCUCGGGACACUUUUGCACAUGAACGAGCGACAUGGCACUGCCAUGAAGGAUGCCGCGCUCAUGUUCCCUACUGUCUCACUAGAUUUUGUCCUACGCCCUCUAAGCCACGAUGUCCUACAGAUCAACGUGCAGGUCACGCCGACAUUCACAUGGAACGCCAAGCUGUCCACCACGGUCGAGCCAUUCUAUAUCUGGGUCGAAGACGAAGAGCAUCUCAAUAUCUUAUCAUGGCGAUCUAUCCCGCUGCGCCCAAACACGACCAAGCUGGACCUCGAAUUCGUCAUCACCCUGAGCGACACUCUACCCUGGUCUCUGAACCUUGUAGCGGCAUCCGAUCGAUGGCUGGGCUCUGACGAUACUCGACUCGUCUCCUUAGAAGGUCUGAUCAUGCCUGAUCCUAGCCCAGAGUCCACUCAACUGCUCGACAUUCCAUAUUUACCAAUAUCAUGCUUGGAUGAUCCUCAAUUGCAAAAGUCAUACUCGCCAUUCGUCAGCACACUGAAUAACAUACAAUCUCAGGCGUUCUGGAGCCUGUAUCAUACGAAUCAUAACGCUAUCAUUUCUGCACCUGUAUCAUGUGGAAAAUCGCUCCUAGGGGAAGUGGCCAUGUGGCACGCUUUCCGUCACGAUCCCAACACAUCGGUUCUGAUCGUCGUGCCCCGUCACCAGUCGAUUCGCGAGACGGUCUCGCGCCUCAGGAGUAUUACUCGGCAGAGAGGCAUAAGCGUCAUGCCCUUGACACAUCCGAACGAUUUCGUCCACUUCGCACAAACUCAAAGCGUCGUCGGGGUCGCAAGUCCGUCAGCUUUUCUGCAACUCAACGCUUCAGACGCAUUUCAGGUGGCACGAAAGCCGUCGCUGGUGAUCCUCGAAGAUCUGCAUCUCCUAGACGAGGAAUAUGAAAUCUCGGUAGCCCGUAUACUCUCAAUUGCUAUGCCUGCCCGGACCCGCAUAGUCGGUCUCACCUCAUCAAUCAACGACCCGUGGGAUCUCGCCAAAUGGCUUGGCGUAGAUGCCGCAUUCUGCUUUGCUUUUUAUCCUCGUGAUCGAAGCACGCCCCUUCUUGUCUCGAUCAAGUCUUUCACCAUCCCCCACUCUGCCACGUUGCUCAAGAGCAUGAUCAAACCAGCCUACGAUGUGAUCAAGAUGACAUCUCCAAUUGGCGCCACAAUCAUUUUUGCUCCCUCUCGCGGGGCCUGUAGGACCGUCGCAACGGACUUGGUAACUCAAUCUGGCACCGAGUUAGAUCUCAAUGGGUUCCUGACUACGUCGAGGGAAAAUGUCGAGCCUUAUUUGCAGCAACUGCGCGAUCAGGCCUUAUAUGAACCUCUUCUACACGGAAUCGGAUAUGCUAUCCCUGGAGGUCACCCAUCCGACUUUACCCUCGUCUUGUCCCUGUUCGCGAGCGGCAUCCUCAAAUCUCUGAUUGUGCCCCGUGAAUCAUGUUGGACUCUUCCUCUGAGAGCCGCAUCGGUCAUCAUUCUCGGUGCACAAUAUGCAAUUGGCUCCCGGUCCGGUGAUCGACAGAUCAUCAAUUACUCGAGAACUGAAUUGGUCAAGAUGCAAGGUUUCGCUGUGCAGUCUGCCAAUCACAUUGCAGGAGAAGGUCGAGUCUUUGUCAUGUGCCAAUCAGAGCAGUCGGCUACGAUCUCUCGAGUGCUGAACGAAGGGUUGCCUUUGGAGUCAGCCCUACCAUCCUUGCUAAAACGUACGAGUCGUCCCGAAGCCGUUGACGCACUCUCUCGCAUGAUCAAACCGCGUCCGGCUCCACCUCCACCUCAGAUCAAUCGACGACGUGUCUCGGAUCUUCGAAAGCGAGAUAUCAUGGACUUGAUUGGCUGGACUUAUUUUGCGCACCGACUGCAGUCUAAUCCGACAUAUUAUGAUCUGACUCGGGGAUCCGAGGCAGAACAAGUGAGCCGCUUGAUCGACCAGUGGAUAGCAAGCAGUGGCGAUGAGUAUGGUCCGAUUCUCAGCGCCUCGUCGAGCUCGGCGGGUUCUAGAAUACCUUCGGUGAGGUCGACGGAGACCAGCACAACCGCUUCGGCAUCACAAGCCAUGACUCGUCAAGAUAGUGGACAAGGGAAUGUGGAGGGAGAGAUCGUAAACGAAGUACCUGGCUCUGCCCAUGUCCACAGAGACGGUGAGAGUCUGUGAAAAGCAUGGUACGAUUUUGAGAUGUAUGUGAUCGAGUCACGCAUACAUGCGCCGUUCUCAGGCGAUAGGGGGAGGGGCAAAAUCGCGGCCGAGGCGCGCCGUGUCCGGCACAUGAUAGGUUUGUGUGUGGAUGAGUAACCCAAAUAGCCGUCGGUCUAAAACGCUUCCAUUAGCAGGCGUACGUAUUGAACCAUACGAGCGGUCGAGGUUCCUUUACGAGCGAGAUAAUGAUGCAUGAGGACAUGUCGGAAGUCAUUUUCCCCGAGGGCCGGGCC